CCUGGUUAAAAUGCAGAUUCCGAUUCAGCAGGUUUGUGAUGCUGCCUGAGAUUCAGCAUUUCUGACAAAGGUCUAGGUGAUGCCAGUGUUGCUGCUCUCCAGACUACACUUUAGCGCUGCUAUCUAUUACAUGUCUUAAUUUCUCUGUCUCGUUGUAUUCUUUCUUGAAAGACUUGUGAAAUCACUUCUAGAGACUACUACUCCCCUUUUUAAAAGCUUAAAACCCACCUUUGUAAGAAUCCAUUGGCUAGGGCUAGGUGUGUAUGUGUGUAAAACAUCAGUUGUGCAGUUUACCCAGGACUGAUGUCAAGGUCAUCAGGGACUGGAAACCUUUGUAGGCCUCAGUAGAUGUCCCCUCCUUGAAAUCAGAACCACAUUUCCUCAUCCCCAGACCAUGACACUUUGCUCAUCUUUAAAGAUAACUGGCAGAAGUUAAUCAGGCUUCCCUGGAGUUCUCAGGAUUGUCAGGUUCUGCAGGUCUGGAGGCUUGAACUGAUUUGGAGUAAUUAGGGGCUCCACUCUUUUGAGCUUCAGUUCUCUCCACAAGGCUUGUUCUUCCCCUCUUCAAGUGGAAGACUGUGCUUGACAGAGAAAUGGAAGAAGUAGGGUUGGUCUAGACAGUUCUCACAAAGCCCUUUUGUUAUCUUAGCUUUAUUAACAGGUCUUGGCUCGUUCUGGCCUGACUUCUUCCAGCAUUUUUCCUUCAGGUUUGAACCACUGUUCUUUUAUCUUUAAUGCGCCCAUCUUUCUUUCUACAGGAGUAUGUUUGUCAGCACCCUUUUAACAUCUGUGCCCACUGGCAAACACCCUCCAACCAUACCAGUUCCUUCAGGUUGUGUUUUUUGUCAUUCGAAGUUGGUGUAGUUUAUAGUUAAUUGCAUAAUUGAUUGUCAGAAUCUUGCUUUUGAGCAUUUCUUUAAAAAAUACCACCAUCUGUCUCCUCUUUAAAGUUUUAGAUAAUGAGAUUUUAAUUUUGCUAAUCUGUAUUUUUAAAACAUUAUAACAAAAUGGAUAAAAAUGUGGUCUCUCCCGAGUCAGAAAACCUGGGUUCUGAUUCAGGCUCUGCUGCUUUCUUGCUCUGGGACCUUAGGCAAGUUACUUAAAAAAAAAGAAAACCAAAAAGUUAGAAAUCUUAGUUUUCUCAUCUGUGACGUGGGGAUAAUAGUACCAUACCUACUUCCUAGGGCCAUUGAGAGAACUUGUUAGUCCAUGUAAAGCCCAGUGUCUGAUUUGUGGUUAGAACUGGACACCCAGUAAAUAUUAGCUAUUGUUAAGAUCUAGUGUUGGCUAAAUCAGGAUGGUAAGGUUUACAUAGUGCCUUCACAGACAGCAAAUCAUAUGACUCUAUGAAGUAGGCAGGUAUUAACGCUUUUUUGGAUGAGGAAACUAUGGCACAGAAGGUUUUGAUUUGCCUGAGGGCACACGGCCGCGGCAGAACUGGGUAUGUAGUCCAGGAUUACUGGUUCCACAGGUAGGACUUGCUGUCUUAACUGCCUCCUUCUGACAAUGCCUAGGUGUUGCCUGUCACACCUGAGGAUUACAGUUGUCCCUCAGUAUCUGAGGGGGUUAGGUUCCAGGACCCCCCGUGGAUAUCAGAAUCUAAGAAUGCUCAAAUCCCUUGUAUAAAAGGGAGUAGUAUUUGCAUAUAACCUAUGCACAUUCUCCUGUAUACUUUAAAUCAUCUCUAAAUUACUUACAAUACCUAAUACAGUGUGACAAUAGUUACAAUAACAAUAGUUGUUAUCCUGUGUUGUUUAGGGAAUGAUGACAAGAAAAAAAAGUCUGUAAAUGUUCGGUACAGAUGCAACCAUCAUAGGCCUAACUACAUAGUACACGUCAGCAACAACGUAUCGUUGCUUUCCUUUAACGACCUGAAAGAGAAAUGCGUAGAAUAAAACACAGAAUACUUAAAAUACAUGUAUAUGUAGAAAAUAUAAUUAUGAAGAGAAAAUACAAAUCAUUCUCUUAUGCACACACACACACACACAGAGUAUUAACAUUCACCAAAACCCUGGUUCUUCUCUCUUGGGGACCCUCAUAUGAUGAUGAUGAUGACGACUACUGUAUGGUACCCACACGCCGAUGUGGUGAGGAGACGAGAUGUGUGGCGCUGUAGGUAAGCGGCGAGACAUCAGACUAACUUGAACUUCUGACAAGAUGUCAGAAGGAUCAUCUACACCGGAAGAACCAGGUUCCAGUUUCGGACGUUGACACUUCGGAGGAGGCUCAAUAAUGUGAAUUUCAGGAUCUGGGGGGGUUGAGGCCUGAGGAUCUUCAAGUGUUGAAGGUCAAGGCUUCGCAAUUUCAGAUGCCUUAGUUAGAAACGUUGUUACAGGAAGCUGUUUAUUCUCUUCCUUUGCAUCAUCAAACGAAUCUUGCAGUGGUCGUAGGCAUGUCAGUAUCCCUUGGGUGACGUGGAGGCUUCGUUCCCUCAAAGGACCAUACUUGAGGAUCAUAUCCGUCAACACUUGCGCCUGCCGAAAAACUACUGUAACAUUUUCAAGUGUCCAAACUGAUGGCUCUCCCUCCUCUGAAUUUUCUGCAUCGUCGUCUUCUAUGGAGGAUUUCAGCAGAUCUUUGAGUUCCUCGUUGGUAGGGGUUUCUCUAUUCUGCGUGUUCCUCAACAUUGUCCUCGAUUGUGUCAGAGAAGCCUUCCCCACCAACUUCCCUUGCAACAUUCAGAAUACUCCUGGCUUCUGCAUCAAUAGUGGGGAAGCCCCUGAAAUCAUUGACUGCCUCACUCCAUAGUGACUCUCAACAUGUAUUGACUGUCUGGGGCUUGAGGGCGUCUACAGCUUCUGCAGUGAGCACAGUUGCAUCCGUAAUUGUGAAGCUUGUCCGUAAAUCUGUGAUACUGCAGUCAGGGUUAGUAUCAAGGGCAGCACGAACCCUCCCGAAGGUGAGGUGGGUAUAAGUCGCCUUAAUGCACUUGAUGACGCUUUGAUCAAGUGGCUGCAGCAGUGACAUAGUGUUAGGAGGCAGGAGUAUCACUUCCACGUUCUAGUCGGUGAAGCAGAGCGAUCAGGGAUGACUGAGAGCGCUGUCAGUUAUGAGGAGGACCUUGAAUGACAGCCCUUUCUCUUCGAGGUAUUUCUUCACUACAGGAAUGAAGCACUGGUGGAACCAUUCCAAAAACAAGGUGGUUGUCACUCAAGCCUCCUUGUUGUGUUGCCAGAACACGGGCAGGCAAUUUUUGUUUUUGUUCUUAAGGCCUGGGGAUUGUUUACUUGGUAGACAAGGCCUGGUUUGAUCAUGUGACCUGCUGCAUUGUCACAUAGCACCAGAGUAAAGGUGAUCUAUCCAGGCCAUGUACCCUGGGGCCAGCUUGGCACUCUUAUGGAUGUAGGUACAAUUGGGCGUCUUCUUUCAGAACAAGCCCAUUUCGUCACAACUGAAGACUUGCUCUGGAAGGUCGUCUUUCCCUUCUGUGAGUUUCUCAAGCUCUUCUGGGAAUGUCGAUGCUGCCUUGGCAUCAGCUGUUGCCAGUUCACCAUGAUCUCGAAGUUCUUGAGGUUGUAGAGUGUUAAAUAGCUAGCCAACCAUCUGUACUUACCUUAGACUCCUUCCUCUCGUUCUCCUCGCCCCCUCACCCAGUAGGCUCACAGACGCUGAGUGUUUUUCACACAUAAUUUUGCCAUCAACAGGGAUAUGUUCCUGUGACGUGUCCCCUAGCCACACACUUAAUACUUUCUCAGUUUUUGCAAGCACUUUAUCAUGAACCAGAGAGACCAUUUUUGCUGUUGUAGAGGCAGCACUAACACUUCCAUGAAUUUCAGCUGCUUUUUGCUUUAUUCUGCGAAUUCUCGAUUCAGUCUUAAAGCCCACUUUGGCAAGCGACGUGCCACUUUUCAAAAGAUCUAAAAUUUCCAUUUUCUUGAGGGAGAGAGACCACUUUAUGCUCUCCUUUAGCCUUUGAGGGAUUGCUUUGACCAUUUAAUUGCUUUUUAGGAACCAUUUUUUCACAGAAACAAAGGGCACAUGCAACACACAGUGAACAAAGGAGACACAAGGCAAACGAUGCUCAAACAGUGAGUGCUGGAGAGACUGAGGGUUUGCAAAAUGGCAGGAAGCUACAGCAGGGUAUGCCUGCACUUCAUUUCAUUUGCGUAGAUUCUGCAUAGUGCUCCGAGCCUGGCAAAUUCAAGUUUCGCUUUUUGGAACUUUCUUUUUUGGAAUAUUUUCGAUAUUUUAUUUGACUCUGCAGACGCGGAACACGCAGAUACAGAGGGCCGACUGUAUGUACAUGGUUACUUUCUCUCUGAAACCCUUUCAGUUUUUCAACUAGUCUUUCUCCUUGGUCUGGAUUAAGUCCAGUGUAGUAGUACUCAUAUCCUUUUAGGAUGAAAGUGUCAGCAAGAAUUUAUCACAUUUUCUGCCCCUCUCCCCUUUAAGGUAAAUGUGAUUUCCAGCAAAUGUCCAGGUGUUUGAAGUAUCCUUUCUCCAUAACAUCAUUAGCACCCUGCCAAUUUUGGGAUUUUAGUCAGGAAAACAACACAUAGUCUGCAUUAUUGAGCAGGUUGAGGGGUAUUCCAGCUCUAUCAUGUCCAUGCCUCCCUUUAUCCUCAUUCAGAAAUUUUCUAGUGUGAUGUGUGGAUUUCUGUGAAAUAUCAUUUUGAAAUGAAUUGCUAUUCUAUUUCCUUUCUUAUGAUUUGAACAAGAUUUGCUCAUGCAUUGGCAUAUUGCAUUCACAAAUCCACUUAACUCAGAUUUUCAUGGGCAAGGAUCAUAUCUUAUUCAUCUAUUUUAUAAAAUUCAUAAAUUUAAAUUAUUUUAUUUUAGACAUCUCUGUUAUAAAUAUCUGGCAUUAAGGUAUUGGCAACUUAAUUCCCAGAUAUUUUCUUCUGUGAAUUAGUAGUCACCUCUUCUGUUGCUUUUUUCUCACGUCUUUCCUGAUAUUCUUUCGCCGUUUUAUCCAGGAAUUUUUCUUUACCCUCUUCUGUUUUCAGUUUUAAGCUCUCCUAAUCCGAUUGGCAGGUGUUUAGACAAACAUGUACUUCUUAUUCCCUGUGAACAGUGUACUGUUAGCAGCCCAAGAACUCAUCAUUCAUUCAUCUACUCAUCAGAAUGGUGCCAGGCACUAUGCUUGGGUGUUGGGUAUGCAGUUGUGAGCACCAAAGACCAUGGCAUAUUCUCGCUCCCACCCACCACAAGCUUACAGUCUAGUGGUAGCAGAUAGACAAUAAUGUACAUUUUUGUAAUACUGUGUGGUAAGUGCCUGGCUGGAGGUAGUGAAAACUUUGAGGGUAAAGAAGGGAGAUCUAGGCUGACCCUUGAAAUGUGAAUAGAAGUAAGCCAGGUUUGAGGGUAGGGGAAGAAUAUUCCAGUAUGAUCUGGAAAACCAACUCCGUUUUUCUGACAGGUAUUCACAUUUCUAUUUUCUAAAGUCUCAGCCAUCGAUUAGGAGAUGAAGAUGUUACUAAUGGCCUCCCCAACUCCCUAGAUUCGCUAAAUCCUUUAGAUUUUUUUUCACCAGAAAGACUGAGAUUUCUUCCGGUUGUGUGGUUUACCCCCUUAUAAACCAGCUGAAAUGGGUAGCAGUUGAUAAACUGCCUUCAGUUUCUUCCUUAUGGAGAGCGAUCAACUACUGUCAUUUUCUUCUGGGAACCUGGAUGACUUGCACUUGGCCACCAAGCAGUUUCUUGAAGAGAUCAACAAGUGGACAGUUCAGUACAACGUUUCUCCGCUCUCUUGGAAUGUGGCUGUCAAGUUCCUCAUGGCCAGGAAGUUUGAUGUGCUCCGUGCCAUAGAGUUAUUUCACUCCUACAGAGAAACACGAAGGAAGGAAGGCAUCGUGAAGCUGAAACCUCAUGAGGAACCUCUCCGUUCUGAGAUCCUCAGUGGAAAGUUCACCAUCUUAAAUGUUCGGGACCCAACAGGAGCCUCCAUUGCCCUCUUCACUGCCAGGUUGCAUCAUCCUCACAAGUCAGUCCAACAUGUGGUACUUCAGGCUCUGUUUUACUUGCUAGACAGAGCUGUAGAUAGCUUUGAAACUCAGAGGAAUGGACUGGUGUUUAUCUAUGACAUGGGCGGUUCUAAUUAUGCCAACUUUGAGCUCGAUCUUGGCAAGAAAGUCCUAAACCUGCUGAAGGGAGCAUUCCCGGCUCGUUUGAAGAAGGUGCUGAUUGUGGGAGCACCCAUCUGGUUCCGAGUGCCCUAUUCCAUCAUCAGCCUCCUGUUGAAGGAUAAAGUCCGGGAGAGGAUUCAGAUAUUGAAGACAUCUGAGGUCACCCAGCACCUACCCAGGGAGUGCCUUCCUGAAAACCUGGGUGGGUACGUCAAAAUUGACCUCGCCAGUUGGAAUUUCCAGUUCCUACCCCAGGUGAACGGCCACCCAGACCCCUUCGAUGAGAUCAUCCUGUUCUCCCUCCCUCCUGCCUUAGACUGGGACUCGGUGCAUGUUCCAGGUCCCCAUGCCAUGACCAUCCAAGAGUUGGUGGACUAUGUUAACACCAGGCAAAAGCGGGGGAUAUAUGAGGAGUACGAAGACAUCCGCCGUGAGAACCCUGUUGGCACUUUCCACUGUUCCAUGUCACCAGGAAACCUAGAGAAGAACCGCUAUGGGGAUGUACCCUGCCUGGACCAAACUAGAGUGAAGUUGACAAAACGAAGCGGCCAUACUCAGACAGAUUACAUCAAUGCCAGUUACAUGGACGGGUACAAGCAGAAGAAUGCUUACAUUGGUACACAAGGUCCUUUGGAGAAUACCUAUCGUGAUUUCUGGCUAAUGGUAUGGGAGCAAAAAGUCUUGGUGAUUGUCAUGACCACCCGCUUUGAGGAGGGCGGCAGGAGGAAGUGUGGCCAGUACUGGCCACUAGAAAAAGACUCUCGGAUCCGAUUUGGCUUCCUCACAGUGACCAACCUAGGCGUGGAAAACAUGAACCAUUAUAAGAAAACCAUCCUAGAAAUUCACAACGCAGAGGAGCGGCAAAAACGCCAGGUGACCCACUUCCAGUUCCUGAGCUGGCCAGAUUAUGGUGUCCCUUCCUCGGCAGCUUCCCUCAUUGACUUCUUGAGAGUGGUCAGGAACCAGCAGAGGCUGGCCGUCAGCAGCAUGGGGGCACGCGCCAAAGGGCAAUCCCCGGAGCCACCCAUUGUGGUCCACUGCAGUGCAGGCAUUGGCAGGACAGGUACCUUCUGCUCACUGGACAUCUGCCUGGCACAGCUGGAGGAGCUUGGCACCCUUAAUGUGUUCCAGACUGUGUCCCGCAUGAGGACCCAGAGGGCCUUCAGCAUCCAGACCCCUGAGCAGUACUAUUUUUGCUACAAGGCCAUCCUGGAGUUCGCAGAGAGGGAGGGCAUGGUGCCCUCCAGCCACAACCUGCUGGCCGUGGAGGGUCAGUAAUUGCCUCACAAGCCUCCUACCUGCUGGCCAGCCUUCCAUAAACUACCCUGGACACUGCUGAACCUAUAGGUUGCCAUCAGUUACGCUGAAGCCAUGGACCAACCUCUUUCUCGUGACUCCCGGCGCACAUGUGCACGCAAGGCAACCUUUCCCUUUGUCUAGAUAGAUGUGGUAAAAUUGCCACUAGAAAGGUCCAGCAGCAAUGUGUUCUUAAUUCCUAGCACCUGCUAUCGAACUGUGCCUUAUUAAAACCAAAUUGUGGCUAUCGAUUUUUGCCAGGGGCCCCGAGGUAAGUGGGGAAGGAACCUCCCUCCCCCUCUUCCCAAUGCUAUUCUCCUUCUUAAAGUCUCCUCUCUCCCUCCCUCUAGCUAGGAUUUGGUGGGGAGGUUAGGUGAGCAUCCUCCUUCCUCUCAAGAGAGCUUGACCAAGUUAUUCUAGAGACCAUCCCGAGUGCCAAGCACGUUUAUACCUAGGGCGUGUAUUCCAGUCUUUCUGUCAUUCUGUGUGUGUGCGUGUGUGUAUGUGCACUUAUGUGUAUGGGUCCAUGUGUACGUGUGUGUAUAUAAUAUAUAUUGUAUGUGAUAAUAUGAUCGUAUUCUAUAAAUACAUAUACACACAGAUACUCCUUUGUAGAAGUUCAUGGGGCUUUGUGUUGCAGUUCAGGCCUCCUUGCUUCCUGGACUCUACUAUUAUCCUGGAGUAGCUGGGGUUGGGGAUCAUGUCUCCCGUUGUCAGACGACGGAGUGGUGGAAGAGGACACACACAUCCCCUCUUCAUGCUCCUGCCACAGAACCUUGUCCUUAAGUAAUGACUUACCUCCCUCUGGAGUCCCUGGGUGGUGCAAAUGGUUAACACACUCAGCUAACCAAAAGGUUGGAGGUUCAAGUUCACCCAGAGGCGCCUUGGAAGAAAGGCCUGGCGAUCUACUUCUGAAAAAUCAGCCAUUGAGAACCCUAUGUAGUGCAGCUCUGCUCUGACACACAUGGGGUUGCCAUGAGUUGGAAUUGACUCAGUGGCAACUGGUUUUUCUGUCCUUUAGGAUGCUGCCUGUUGAAGCCAAGAAUACUGGUUUGUGGUAACACUGGCAUAAUUCAGCAUGGGUUGCUCUCAUCUAAUGAUUUUUCUGUUUACUUUGCCAAUUUUGGGAACAGACCUCCACUGUGAUUCCAGACCCUCUCCUCCCUCUCACUGUCCCUCAGAGGUGGGGGUCUGGAGGUAGAGCUGAACUCACUGAGCAGCCAGAGCCAAAAGCAAUCGGUACGAAGUCUUAGAAGUAAAAAGGGGGAGCCCAGGCCUGAGAGAGGGGAAACUACUAUGAGAAUCCGAGCUGGGGCCUCUUUUUCUUUUGCUGGAGGGUUCCUUUCCUUAUGCAACUUGCCCCAUCUCUCCCUGCCUACUAGCCUGCCAAACCUUUGAGCUUGAGCUGGGUGGGUUCUGUGCCAAUGAAAAGCUUAACCCCUGGCUGGGUGAGGCGGUCCCCUGUAAUCACUGUUUGCUCCCUACCGACCCAACCCACCCUGCUUGCUCUCAGCCCACCCAGCCUGAUGUGCCCGGCGUGGAAUCAAGAGUCCCCAGCACUCCACAUUACCAAGGAAAUGCCAGGAACCCCUAAACCUUCUUCCCCCAUCACAGAAGAUGAGGUUGGCAGCUUAUCAGACCUCAAUAAUUUUAUACUGUAAUAAGCUCUUUGAAUGUGUAUAUUCUUAUUUUUACAAUCUUUUCAUUUUGUAUUUAACAUCAAUGGACUGAGUCAGAUGCAGAAAUAAUUGUAAAUGUUCAUAUUCAAUAUCUUACAGCGAUACAGUUUUGUAUUUACAUAUAAAUAUACCGACGUGAUCAAACCCUUUUAGCUUCA